CAGUCACAUAAAUUCCAGGCGGACGACGACAAGGGCGAUAAAUGGUCGACCAGGUGGUAUCAGCGACAAUCUAGGGUGUCAUCGCGCCGGUGGCAUUAUUGCCGAGAAACCUUCCGAGAACAAUCCAUCGAACGAAGGCCCCUUGUGAGCUGCUUUUCUCAAGUCUGCUGCUUCAAAAGUUGAACAGUCAUUUGUGGCUUGACCUAGAUGCCCAAAUCCUAGGGUGAGGUACAGCUUCAGUUUCUCUUUCACCGCUCUAAUUAUCUGUUCUCCCAGUAUCCCAAAUUUGAGGCUACAUUUUCGAGUGUUUAGCCUGUCGGGUUACGAACUUCCCCCAGCUUGGAGAGCAUCUUUCAACGUCUCUGUGAUACCCUCCAGUCACUAACGUCCCGUCCGUUCACCUUCACAGAGUGAAGCCACAGCUCUUAGCCCCUUGGACACCAACUCCUCAGGCGCUGCCCGGCCGCGGAUAUUGAUGGGCCUGACAGCGGCAGCACCCGUGCCGCACUGUACCGGAUGCCACUUCCGACCAAGUCGAAACCGGCUCGGGUUUAAAAUUAGGUCCUGCCAUGCUCCCAUUCCACCAACAGCACCGCCGGCGCCAGGCUCGCGAUUCCGGUACGCCAUUCCGCUACGCGCCCCGUUAACACCUUAUCACUAAAAUCGGAACCGCGAUUCGUUGCCGGAUGGAAUGGACUGCCAUCAAUCAGGUCACAUCAGGUUGUGUGUGAAAAUUCGGCGGAAUAUUCUCCCAUUGGCUUUGUUGGUGAGGAAGUCUUCGUGGACGCAACCAACCGGAAAAAAAAAUAAACAGACAGAGACUGAAACCUCGCGGAACGUGGUCAUUCAUGCCGAUAAGGUUCAAAAAAGCAAGCAAGCUCCUCGAGGAAUCCAUCAUCGGCAUCUUUUCAAGGGUCGUGUCGUACUCGUGUUGCCGGCCAUGUCCUGAUGUGCAUUUCGGAUUUUACUGGUACCACUCCAGCAACAACGUCGAGUUUCAGACAGUGGGAAAGAGGAAGGGCGAAGCGAGGUAGGUAGCAUUCUGCUUCGAAAGAAGAAAGAGAGACCCAGGACUGGUCGGUUUCUGGUUCUGCGAGUAGGAAGGGGGCCGGAAUUCAUGUUGCUUUUGAUGGCACCACUGCACCCAGAGGGUUCCUUUCUAGAACAACUUGUUCAAGGGUCCAUUCCUUGUCAAUACCUAACCUGGUAUCCAAAGCAGUCUCGCAAAUGUCUUCCGGUUUCCGCGAGCACGCAAAGUCUCCAACUUUGUCUUACGCCUGGGCCAGACGCCGCUUGUCUGGACGUUCCAGUUGGAAACGACAGAAAGAAGAAAAUGGUAGACACGAUCUCGACCAGAGGGAUUGACUCCGUCCUAGUCUUGGUUUCGGUCUCGGACCGUUAGCGAGAGUGAACCCGUGGAUACCUGUACAAUGGUUCACCGUGGGAACUGUGAAGAAACUGGAUCUGGGGUAAGUUCCCACUCGAAUCCUUCUCCGUCCCUUCCAUCAUGAUACCUCCAUUCCCCGGAUCACCGGCUACCAGGACAACCAAGUCGCCCACCGUAUCCAUGCCAAUGAACGGGUUGAUCAUCAGUCCAGGCAUCCAGUCCGACCGGCGUGGGGUGAUGGCCUAUCUCCGGCGACUCUUAUCAUCAAAUAACCCCCCAGCACCAUAAAGUUGGGCAACUUCGUAAGGCUCAGCCAGUCACCCGAAGAAGAAGAGGAAGGAUGCCUGAACCCUUCUCGCACCCCAGAACAAACCAGUGACCAGUGACCAAAGCAGGACAGGCCCUUACGGACUCAGCUUCAUGCCUUGAGGUUGUCUUCAUCUAAUUACCUGCAGGUACCAGGGGUUCACCACCCGUUUCUGGUUACAGAGAAGUGGGUUCCGGAUGUCUUCUCUGUUCGGUCGGUUGGAUUGAGGAAUCGAGAUCCAAGGUUACACUCUGUUUCUCUCAAGUCCCAACGAUCGUUCGCAAGAGAACCCUCAAAAGAGAAAGGUGAAGACCAUUGUCAUGAGAGAAACAACAACAGAAAAAGCAAGCUGGAAAUAUAGGUACUCUAUUAUUCAGUCACUGCAUGAGAGUUGACAAUGGCGCAUAAACACCACAUGGAUGCCUUUCUGUCACAAGGCCUCUUCAUACAUCUGGCCAGGCGCCUCCCAAGACCUGCUUGAGACGUCAACAUGAUGGAAAUGGAAUGACAUAAGACACGACUAAGCAAACACUCGUUCACGAACAAUACCUCCCUUCCAUCUGUGCUACAAGACUCGCAGACAGUCAUUCGUUCAUUCAUUCAGUCGCUACAGCCAUGGCUGACUCAGUAUCAGCUUCGCCAGCCUUUGCACACCAAGGGCCGUCUGAGGCGUACAUGCAGGCCAAUAAGGGCCCAGGAGUCAUCGCCGUCAUCACCACCAUCGUGACCAUCAGCACCGUCUUUGUGUUUGCCCGUCUCUUUGUGCGGACGAGGAUACUGGGAAAGGUGGAGGUGGAUGAUUGUUUGAUCCUUCUUGGAUUGGCAUGUGCGUGGAUCUGCGUCGGCAUGACCGUUGCCUCGGUGUAUCAUGGAUUCGGCAGGCACUUUGAUGUCUUACCUCUCGACGGAAAGCAGCAGAUGAUCAAAUGGGCCUUCUUCAGCUUCACGCCCAGCAUCCUCGCCUUCACCAUUCCCAAGUUCGCCGUCGUGACUCUGCUGACGCGGCUACUGAACCCGGCCCGUUGGCACCGUGUCUUUCUCUGGGUGCUGGUCAGUACUUGCCAGGUGGCGAUCCUUGGCUGCGCCGUCAUCUUGUUCGCCCAGUGCACUCCUUCGCGGGCGCAAUGGGACUUUUCCAUUACCAAUGUCAAGUGCUGGAGUCCGUGGUUAUUAGUGAGGUAUUCCAUGGUUGCUGGAUGUUUCUCCGCCUUGACCGAUCUUUACCUCGCCGUUUACCCCACCAUUGUCCUCUUCAAACUGCAGAUCAACAACAAGAAGAAGAUUGCCCUCUGUUCCGCCCUGAGCAUCGGAUCUGUUUCGGCCAUCGUGUCCAUCUACAAAUCCACUCGUCUGCCUUCGCUCGCCGGAUCUGAUUUCUCCUGGGAUACCACCGAUCUGGUCAUCUGGUCCCUCAUCGAAGGCAGCACCAUCAUCAUCGCCUCCUGCAUCCCCCUCCUCCAACCGCUCCUCGACGUCCUCAUGGGCCGCCGCACCCUCUGCAGCACCCCCCGAUCAGGCGGCUAUAACAAUUCCAGCGGAGGAGGCCACGGAGUCUAUUACGGGGGUCGCCGGCACACUCACUUGUCAACCACGCGCGACAGCUACCACAAGCAACUAUGGUCCAAGUCCAGAUCCCCCAAAUCCACCGUUGACGACGUGGAACUCCAAGCCGGCGGCGGCGCUACCAUGUCCAAGUCACAACAGCAUUUGCGAUCACCAAAGAAUGCGGAACUGGAUGAUGAUGACUUGCUGGUCGUGACGACACCGGCAACCGCCGCCGAAUCAGAGACGUAUUUUGCUGUUGAAGUGGGAGUCGGAGGAGACAUGGGGGAUGGGUUACGGUACAGUCAUGAUGCAAAGGCCGAAAGUCAGGAGAGUAUCUUGAUUUUGAUGGGACAUCGUGGGCAGGACAUGGAGGAUCACAAUGGGCAAGAUGAAGAGGGAAAUGGACACUUGCAGCCGCAAAAGCGCACAGGGAAUCAUGGAAUGGUGGAUGACAGAACGCGGUCCUCGGUGGCGACGACGAUGUCGGGGGUCGUGAUUGGGCAGGGGCAGGGUUAUGAUACAGGGUCUGGUGGUGGUGGUGGUGGUGGUGGUGGUGGAAGGGGGAUUCCCUCGCGUACUCCCACUCCGAUGGGAAUGAUUAUGAGGACGCAAGAGGUUACGAUGACUGUGGAACAGACGACGCAAGGUGGUGAUGGUGGUGGUGGGUUUGAUGCUGGGCAUGGUACGGGUGGUGGUGAUGAUAUGCCUGCUUACCCUGCUAGGACGGCGAGUUUGAGGUGGUAACCUCAGUGCUCAGAGAGAUAUGUACGAAGGAAGUGGAAGAUGUCGUAGAGGAUAGGUCAAGGCUUAAAGCUAUUGGCCAGCGUCUGUUGUGGAAAAGAGUGAGGAGGUUGGAAAAGAGAAAACGUGGUUAGAUCAGGAACGCGGGCUGGAGAAAGAUGUGAGAAGGCAAGAGGUUCCUUUCAGAACGCACUUGCAGGCGCUGGACACAAAAAAGAAAGUGGGAUCUAGGGUACCUCUGUGAGAAAAGUAGGUACCUUAUGUUUCGGAAGGGUAAGGCACGACGGAUGAUGACGAAAAAAAACAUAGAGGUACCUUCAGAGGCGGAUUGGCGGCUUCUUUUGUUUUUUGUUUCGUUGAGUUCUUUUGUUCAUGUACAUAUGUACCACAACUUUGCUUUCACCUGUACAUACCUCUAUGUGGAAGAGAUGUCUGCAUCGCGCAAGGAAUGUUGAGCAGUCAUGACACUCAAUGACCUGGGCUGAUAGUGACGCUUAAAGCUGUAUCUGGUACAACAUCUUGAGACGGUCAGUUCCAUCGCGUCGCUCUUCCUCAAUAGAAUCCUCGUCAGAUUAUCGUCCACACCUCACCAGCGAUUCUUCC